CUUGGUUUUUCGUUUUCUUUAAAGUACUAUCUCGUUUUGAACUUAUUAUCAUCCUUCAUCCUUACCUAUCCUCGGUCGGACUACCAGACUAAAGGAUUGUCCGAGUAGUCGUUGGCAUCUCAAUCGCAUUUGAGCCCUGCCAGCAGCAUAGCACUCCUCUACUACCCGAGAACGCCAAGCCAUUGGCGACUAUCAGUCUGAUAUACUCGAACGAUUCAGGAUAGUCAUAAAACCAAAACCUCUGGUUUACUGGACCAGUUACUUGGAACAUCAUGCCCGACGUCGACGAUGAUGGUUUCUACCACUGGUUCCCCUGGGGCAAGAACAUCAAUCCGGGAUGGAGCUUCGAUGUCAUCACGCUUUUGGCCAUCAUUGGCGAAGGCAGCGUUGCUGAAUUCGCUCAAACCAUCACCGCCAGUUCUCUCUGCAUGCUUCCGCGCCUAAUUCCCGCGCCCCAGGCCCUGCUCCGUCCGCAACGGCCCCAACGACUGCCCGAAGUCCACGCCAAACUGGCAGGCGUCUACGGCGGUACUCUCCUCGACUCCGUCGGCUUCUUUGCCAACAUUCUGCACCCACUCGACGAGUACAAGGCGUUCGACUUUAGAGUGUUUGAGAUCAAGCAUACACAUCUUCUCCAGCCCGACGUCAGCAGACGGCUGGAGAAGGAAGGCUUUCUGGGAACCGUUUUCGGUCUCCGAUGGCUUAAGAGGAAGAAGGCGAAGAAGGCGGAAGAUAGAAACAGCGAGAUCACAUUCAACAACACAAGAGAAAACGGCAUGAACGGAGGAAGCCACGAAACCAACACCGACGCGAGCGCGAAAACAGACGCAGACGCCCUCAGGAGGCAACACGGCACCAACAAGCACGUCACCCUCGACGUCGACCCCGAGCAAGGUGACCAUGUCCCCACGCCCGGCAUCAACCGCCAGCCAACCAUGUCCGAGCGCAUCACCGACAUGGUCACUGCGCCCAAGAUGAUGACGCCCCAACGCGUCGCCAGCAGCCCCAACGCGCGCUACACCGUCCCGCCCGCCCUGGACUCGCCCAUGCACGUCAUCAACGUCUUCUCCUUCCUCCUCACCGUCACGAUCCUCAUCAUCACAGCCUAUUGGAAUGACGGCGCGGCCGUGACCGCCAUCGUGACCAUCUCCCUCGCCGCCACCGUCAUGGGCUACGCCUCGUGGUGGUACCCGCUUCUUAUGGCGCGACAAGCCAAUGCCAAGGUGCCACCGGGCGACGUGGUCAUCCGCACGCGCGAGGGCGCCUUCCUCGUGGUCAAAUGCACCGAGGAAGUUGCGCGCGAGCUGUACCAGGGCACGGAAGAGUGCCGCUACGUGUCGACAAAGUUCCACCGUCUGUUCAUGGGCAUCGCCAUGGUUUUGCUCAUGGUGGCCGUGGUGCUGUUGGGUAACUGCCGGUGGUCGUCCCAGGCCUUGAUCGGCGGCGCCUAUGUCCUGCUCAACAGCAUCUACUGGGUCUGCGGUCUGCUGCCGCAGCGCUUCUUUUGGGACCUUUCCCGAUAUACCUUUACGGACAUCACGCCCGCAGACGUCCUGAGCCACGAUCCGAACGACGAGCCGCCCAACUUCACAAGGACGCUCUGGUAUGCGAUUCGCGAGACCAAGAAGGAUGCGUGGGUGGAUAGGUCUGGUGCCCUGCCUGGCACGCUCCAGUGGAAGAAGUGGCUCGAGGAGGCCCUCAAGGCGGCGAAGGAGGGGAACUAUAAUUGGGAUGCGGUGGGCAGGAAGGAUGAGAUAAUGAGAGAGAAUCCGGAUGCGUACGUUUCUAGGGAACCGUCAAACCCCGUGAAGCAGCAUCAGAGUGGACACUGGCCGAAUGAUCCAGCGGCGCAGAAGGCACCGUUGGAUCAAGUGCAGCCGUCGCCUUAUCAGCAUCCCGGAGGAACUCUGUGAUGUGGUUCAUGGUUUGGGUUGACUCCGCUUGAGGUUUUGGAUGAUGUUUUUUUCUUCUUCUUAUGCUUGGUUUGGAUAUGAUAUACCUGGUCAUGACCAACUGGCCGCUUCGAAUAGGCAAGUGUUUGGUUCCACAUGACUGACUAGACGGUGACAAAAAACCGACACCUAAAGAAAAGGUGUUGGGAAAAGAACAAGGUGUAGAUGCAUGGACGAGUACAGGUAUGGAUGAGAGGAUAGGUUGACAUGUGCCAACAUGAAUAUGAAACAUCAAAGUACACUCGAACAAAGGAGGUUGCCGUGUUGAUAUGGUGCGGCCUGUACUUGCUUGAGGAAAGCCACCCAACCACGUUUCAGGUGAAAGGCCAACACGCUCUUUAUCAACAUGUGAUAAUACCGGAUAGUAACGAACCUUGAAGCUC